AUGUGCGCCAUCCGUCAUAUCUCACACACUAUAAGUAGUACUAUAGAAUGUACACUUUCAUCUAUAAAUCUCCUCAAAUUGAGUUAUUCAAUUUUCAUCUAUAGGUGGUAUGUCCCUAGGGAUCAUGAAGAAGCAGACUUGCAUUUGUUUAAUGACUAUUUCUGUGAUAGUCCUGUUUACAAAGAAGACAUUUUUCGCCGUAGAUUUCGUAUGCAUAGACAUGUAUUUGUGUCUAUUGUUGAAUCCAUGAGUGAAUAUAGUGAGUUGUUUCAACAACGCUAUGACGCAUGUGGUAGACUUGGUGCAUCGCCAUAUAAAAAAUGCACCGCGGCAAUGAGGAUGUUAGCUUAUGGUUCAUCAUCUGACGCAGUAGAUGAAUAUUUAAAAAUUGCUGCUUCUACAGGAAGGGAGUGUCUUCUCCACUUUGUUGAAGGUGUGAUUUAUAAAUUUGGUGACCGUUACCUAAGAAAGCCAAUGAGAGAAGAUGUUGACCAACUUCUCAAUGCUGCUCAAAAUAGAGGUUGUCCUGGUAUGAUGGGUAGUAUCGAUUGCAUGCAUUGGGAGUGGAAAAAUUAUCCACGUGGUUGGAAAGGAAUGUACCAAGGAAGAUCUAAAACAACAACUGAUAUUUUAGAAGCGGUUGCUUCUUGGGAUUUAUGGAUAUGGCAUGCAUUUUUCGAAACACCUGGAUCAUGCAAUGACAUUAACGUUCUUGACCGUUCUCCUGUGUUCACCGACAUUUUACAAGGUAAAGCACCCCCGGUUAAUUUUGUUGUUAACAACAAUGAAUAUAAUAUGGGAUAUUAUCUCAUAGAUGGUAUUUAUCCAAAAUGGGCUACUUUUAUUCCGGCCAUUAAACUCCCACAAACAGCUAAGCACAAAUUAUUUACUACAAAGCAAGAGUCGGCAAGAAAAGAUGUCGAGCGUGCAUUUGGGGUGUUACAAGCUCGUUUCGCAAUUAUACGAAAUCCGGCUCUUGCUUGGGAUACAAAAAUGUUAUGGAAAAUAAUGAUGGCGUGUAUUAUCUUACACAACAUGAUAGUAGAAGAUGAACGACAUACAUAUCUAAAUUAUAAUGACUUGAUGAGAGAAUUUAUAGAAGAUCGUCCAAUAAAUCAAGCAGGAUCAUCCAAUACAGAUGUUCAAUUUAGUACGAAUCCUAUCGGAGAAUCUAUCUUACUACGACAAACACGGACUGUAUUUAGUGUAGCACUCAGGCUGUUGGACUUUGGCAUCAAGCUUGUAGCCAGCUCCAUCAAGUGUUUUUUUUUGGAUAGGGAAUAUACUAUUGACAUGCUACUAGUGUUGUUGAUGGUUGUUGAGAAUACACAACUUAGCUCAAAUGUAUGGGUUUUACAAGAGAAAUACCCUCCAACACAAGCUGAGCUAAGUGUCUUAAACACCCACCCACUACUCGAGAAUGUCACUCGUGUCCUUGUUGAUCGUAGCUUUAAAGCUUAG